GUGAAUAUAAUAACCGUUCGACUUUUAUCGAGUCAGUACAGUCGAUAUGCUUUUACUUUCUCCAUGACAUCUCGACUCCCUUUGUUUGACAGGGAGACUUUUUUUCCCUUCCUCUUCUUCUUCUUCUUCUUCUUUCCUCCCCCAACCCCCCAUUUCCUUUGGUCGGAGCGGAAGUUGCUCUGUACGCCGAGGCCUCGCACUUCCAAUGGCGACUGAAAACUGGCUGAACGGAGAGCGGGAGCGAUCACGAAAGGGGACCUGAACCGUGCGGUCAGAAUUAAAUAAAUAUAUCAGCGCAUAACAAGACAUAAAGAUAAGUUUCAGGAGUAGCACGUCAGCUGAGUUCGGGCUGACAGAAUGGACAAAAGAGGGAGUAUUUCGCUCCUGGAGUCGGAGCUUUAUUAUCUAAUUUCUCGUUUUUUAACAACCGGUCCUUGUCAGAGAGCGGCCGAGGUUCUCGUGAGUGAACUGGAGGAACAUCAGCUUCUUCCCCGUAGAGUGGACUGGGAAGGAAAUGAACACCCCAGGUCAUAUGAAGACUUGAUCGCUGCCAACAAGCAUAUUGCACCAGACCACUUGCUGCAGAUAUGUAAGCAGAUCGGUCCGGUCCUUGACAAGCAGGUGCCGUCUGGUUUGCCUGGGGUGUAUUCUCUGCUGGGUACAGGGAGGCACUCCGUACUUCGUACAGCUAAAGAUUGUGGACGUAGCCGAUGGAAAAGCUCGACUUUUGCUGCCCUUCAUCGAGGAAGACCACCGGAGAGGCCUUUGAGCUGCAGGGAUGCACCAAAUCUGGUGGAGGUGUGCAGAGGCAGGGAGCUGACAGGAACUCAGCGUUUCAGCUUUGUCCACCCUGUCAGCGUAUAUCAGAACAUCAAAAUGCACAGGAGGAUUCUGGGACAUCUCUCGGCUGUUUACUGCAUCGCCUUCGACCGAACAGGAUCAAGGAUUUUCACGGGUUCAGAUGAUGCCUUGGUAAAAAUUUGGUCCUCCUUUGACGGGAGGCUCCACUCCACUCUGCGAGGACACCACGCUGAGAUCUCGGACCUCGCCGUCAACUAUGAGAACACCCUCAUCGCAGCGGGAAGCUGCGACAAAACCAUCCGAGUCUGGUGCCUUCGUACCUGUGCCCCAAUGGCAGUGCUGCAGGGUCACAGCGGAUCUAUUACCUCUUUACAGUUUUCUCCAUUUGCCAAGGGCUCCAAAAGGUACAUGGUCUCUACAGGAACUGAUGCCACUGUCUGCUUCUGGCAGUGGGAUGUAAUGAACACCGCUUUCAGCGAUCGUCCCCAGAAGUUUACAGAAAGGCCGAGACCCGGUGUUCAGAUGGUGUGUUCCUCAUUCAGUCCAGGAGGCAUGUUCCUAGCUACAGGAAGCACCGAUGAUGUCAUCAGGAUAUACUACAUGGGCAGCGGGAGUCCGGAAAAAAUAGCCGAGCUCAACUCGCACACAGACAAAGUUGACAGCAUCCAGUUCUGCAAUACAGGAGAGAGGUUUGUAAGCGGCAGUCGUGACGGCACCGCUCGUAUCUGGAGGCUGCAUCAGAGACAUCAGUGGAGAAGCAUUUUGCUGGAAAUGUCUGCCACUUUACCAGGAACUGCGCCUGCAGAGGAAGAGAGCUUCUUCAAACCCAAGGUCACCAUGGUGUCAUGGGAUCGUCAUGACAACACCGUCAUCACAGCUGUCAACAACCAUCUCCUCAAAGUGUGGAACUCCUACACAGGGCAGCUGUUACAUGUGUUAAAGGGUCAUGAGGCGGAGGUGUUUGUGCUGGAGCCACACCCAUACGAUCCCCGGGUCAUGCUGUCUGCGGGUCAUGAUGGCAACAUUUUCAUAUGGGAUCUCAUCCGAGGCACAAAGACUCAUCACUACUUCAACAUGAUUGAAGGGCAGGGGCAUGGUGCUGUUUUCGAUUGCAAAUUCACCCCUGAUGGUCAUCGCUUCGCCUGUACAGACUCUCAUGGCCACCUGGUCAUUUUUGGAUUUGGGAGCUCCAAGCCUUAUGAAAAGCUUCCAGACCAGGUGUUUUUCCACACUGACUACCGUCCAUUGAUCCGGGACUCCAACGGGUUCGUAUUAGACGAGCAAACACAACAGGCACCUCACCUUAUGCCCCCACCCUUCCUCGUGGAUGUCGACGGGAAUCCUCAUCCUCCCAAAUAUCAGAGACUCGUGCCAGGAAGGGAAAACUUCACAGAUGAGCACCUUGUUCCUCAGCUUGGAUAUGUUGCUACAAGUGAUGGUGAGGUGGUGGAGCAGGUGAUCAGCCAGCAACCUGCUGAGAGUGAGGAUCCUCAGGCACGCCGGAGUCUCUUAGACGAUGCCAUCCGUCAGCUCCAGGAGCAGCAGGACCAGCAGGCUGGGAGGCAGCAGGGUACCCCAAGAAGAGUGUCUUUGAGUGAGCGGAUGGAGGUGCAGUCUCCUCCUAACGUGGGGCUCCGGCGCAGCGGGCAAGUGGAGGGAGUGCGUCAGAUGCAUCAAAACGCACCACGUAGCCAGAUGGCGACUGAACGGGACCUGCAGGCAUGGCGGCGCAGGGUGGUGGUGCCUGACCUCACCUCCAGUGCAUAUAGGGAUCAGGAGUCUUUCAGAAUCGCGAAGGGUGAGGAGGAGAUUGUUCUCUAUAAUGCCAAGAAACGCAGAAUUGCACACAACACCUUUAGGGACGACUCCGAUGAAGAGGCGGUGUGCACCAAGCGUACCGCGCCACGCAAGCGGCACCGCAAUUUGGACAGCACCAACAGCUACGCGGAGAGUCUGAUCGAGUUUUCUUGUGAGGAAGGAGAGGAGACCGCUUCCUCUGAGGAAAAUGAAAUUGAAGCUAGUGAGGUGGACUCGUCAAACGAAGAGGAAGAGGAGGAGUGGAAAAGUGACAGCUCGAGUCACUCUUCCAGCGAGCAUUCUGAUUGGACAGCUGACGCUGGCAUCACCGCGCAGGCGGCCAUGUCCUCCCGAAGACGUGCCCGUAGGCAGAUUAGCAGUUCCGAAGAGGAGGAAGAGGAAGACAACACUGCAGAGGAUGAGCAAACCGAACAAACCCAGGACGAGGAUGUGCAAUCUUCAUCUCCUCAGAAACCGAAGAGAAAAGUAAAGAGCAAAGCGCCAAAGUGUCCAAAACCCAGGCCGUCCCUAAACAGAGAGGUGUCCAACGAGUUUCGUCCCUCUGCCUGGAUCACCGAUGUCAUCCCUCGAAAGUCUCCUUUUGUUCCGCAAAUGGGUGAUGAGGUAAUCUACUUCCGUCAGGGUCACGAGGCCUAUGUGGAUGCAGUGUGCAGGAGUAAUUUGUACCCCAUCAACCUGGACAAACAGCCAUGGAAGAAGAUGGAUCUGAGAGACCAAGAGUUUGUUAAAAUAACCGGGAUCAAGUACGAGGUGUGUCCUCCAACACUUUGUUGCUUGAAACUGACCCAGAUCGACACCGGAACAGGCAAAAUCACCAAAAAGUCUUUUUCUGUGAAGUAUCAUGAUAUGGCAGAUGUUAUUGACUUCCUCGUUCUCCGCCAGAGCUACGAUGAAGCACGUAGCAGGAUCUGGAGUCCAAAUGAUGCUUUCCGAUCAGUAAUUGAUGAUGCUUGGUGGUUCGGGACCAUAGUCUGUCAGGAACCAUAUCAGCCUGAGUAUCCAGACAGCCAUUUCCAAUGCUUCAAAGUCAAGUGGGACAAUGGAGAGACUGAAAAGAUUAGUCCAUGGGACAUUGAGGCUAUUCCAGAGAAUGCUCAUCGUCCAGAGGCGGUGGGCGCAGGUGUACCAGUGACCGACGAGGAAAGAGCUGACCUCCUGUACAAACCACAAGACGAUGAGUGGGGAGGGAGGAGUCGAGAAGAACAGUGUGCCCGCAUCGUUGCUGGCAUAGACCAGCUCAUCACAGUAGAUAUCGCCGCACCCUUCUCUGGCCCAGUGGACCUCAUUCAAUAUCCCACUUACUGUACUGUAAUCGCCUACCCCACUGACCUCGGCUCCAUCCGAAUGAGGCUGAAAAACAACUUCUACAGGAGACUAUCUGCACUAAUUUGGGACACAAGGUAUAUUUAUUGGAAUGCAAGGACCUUCAAUGAACCACGUAGCAAGAUUGCAGAAUCAGCAAAAUUUAUAACCGAUGUCCUCUUAAAGUUCAUUAGCAAGCCGCAUUGUACGGAUAUCAUGGAGAUUUACAACGCGGUUGAAAACAUGGAGUACACCGAGGACGAGGAUAUGGAGGACGUUGAAGCACCAGGCACAUCUACUGGGCGGAGGGCACAUCAGCAGAUGGAGCCGGUACAGGACAGGGACGCGUGGAAGGAUGCAUGCAAACAGCUGCUGGAUUAUAUGUUUGAGUGUGAGGACUCCGAGCCUUUCCGGCAACCUGUAGAUCAGAAUGAAUAUCAGGACUAUUUAGAAAUCAUCGACACUCCCAUGGAUCUGGAGACUGUUCGACGAACCCUUGAAGAAGACCGCUAUGAAAACCCCACUGAACUAUGCAAAGACACCAGGCUUAUUUUUGCCAAUGCUAAAGUCUACACACCAAACAAGCGUUCAAAGAUUUACAGUAUGACUCUGCGACUCUCUGCAUUCUUUGAGGAGCGCAUUCGGAAAAUCAUAUCCGACUACAGGACUGCAGUCAAAAGCAGUUUGAAGCUGAGACGAAGUCAGAGGUUUAAAAAGAGAGCCCAGCAGCAGGAACCCCUUUUUCUUCCUCCCAGGGUUGAAUCCACUAGUCAGAAGAGGGCUGCUGUUAAAACUCAGGAACAGGUGGAACCACCUACAACCAAAUCUACCUCGGCUAAGGCCUCUACAGCGGAGCGCCAUCGCAGUAAGAAGCGAAGGAGGCUCAGUUCUACCUACACGUCGAUGGAGGACUCCAAUAAGAGCGCAUCAUCUCUGUCAGAGUCUGAAAAUGACAGUGAAGUCUCGUUAAGCAAAUCGAAGGAAGAAGAAUUCCCUUCGUCUUCUCGGCCGUUCAGACGUGAAACAAGAGCGACACGGAGAGCCAUGCAGAACAGAGAGUCCAGGAGGAAGAACGAAAGCGGAAGCGAGAUAGAGUGCUCAACUGGGGAGGAGGAUGACGACGAUGAUGAAUAUUCUGGGAAGUCAAGCUCAGUAAAACGAGCGCAGUCGAGCAGAAACAAGAGCAGGAACGGCCGACUCACUCGGAGCUCUGAGAAAAGAAAACCAGAAGGUAGCGGUCAGGUGAGCAAGCUUAGCAGCAGAUCCUCCCGUGCAGAGCGCAGAAGAGCUCGACACAGCAGCGGUUCUGACCCGGAACUUUCUGAAGAUGAGGAGAACAUGGAAAACGAAGAUGACGACACAGACCAGAGUCGCCAGCCUAGGAAAACCGCUGUGGCGGCGGUCAGUAAGAUGAAGCUGAUGGAUGCAUCUGAGGAAGAGGAUACUUCAGAGCAUAAAGCGCGUUCCAGGACCAGCAAACGUGCUGCAGUUUUCCAGAGCAGCUCGGACUCUGACGAGCAUGACCAGCAGGUGUCACAUGAAAGUGAGGAUUGUGCCAGUGAGGAGGAGAAAAGUGAGGCCAGUCCUGAUAGUGACUUCUCGGUUUCGCAACGGAAUGGCGAGAGUAAAAGAGUUAACCGUAGGCCAUCUAGGAGGAGAGGCGUGAAAGAAGAUGAUUCUCCUCAUGUCAAUGGACACAGAAAGCACAGCCAAGAAGAGAGCGAGGACAACAGCAACGAGGGAGAAAGUGAGAAUGACAGUGUAGAGGAGGAGGAGGAUUCCAUCAGCAGGCGAAAGCUCCUCAGGAAAACUGCAAGAGUUGCAGUAUGUAAAAUAAAGCAAAUAAACUAUAGUGAUGAGGAGGAAGAGAGUCACUGUAGAACCAGACGGCAGAGGAAUCACCCGAGCAAUGCGAAUACCUCAAAGACGUCUGAUGAGGAAACGGAGACUCCAAAGCCUGAGAAACACCUUCAUCAAAAUGGAAGAAAAUUAGACACACAGGACCUUAAAUACUCUGAGAAAAUAAAUAAUAUGACGUCAAAAAGCCAAGAACUAGUAUCUGCCUCAAAAGCUCGAACAGCUCCUGGAGCCAUAGCAUUAAAGACAGAUGUCAAGGAAUCCAGUGCUUCAAGGAGAAAAAUCAAGUCUGAAGAUGAAGACGGAAAAAACGAGAGUGAGAGCAAUAGCGAAGAAGAACUCGCGAACAAAAAAAGCCCACAGGCAAGAAAGAACAAAUCCAGAAGACCAGCCAAGUCUCGGAGUUUGGACGGCGACUCCAACACGUCCGACUCCGAGAGCGAAACGCCCUCAAACCAGAGACGCAAGACAAAAAAAGAGUCGGAUUCUUCUGAGGAGUGGAAACAAAGCGAUGAAUCAGAAAAGGAUAAGAAAUCGUUCUCCAGAAGACCUACUCUAAGAGCCCUCCCCAAGAAGAAAUACAUCACGGACUCGGAGGAAGAUCUCGACUCUGAGGGAGAAAAGCCGACGAGGAACGGAAAGAGAAGCUCCGAUUCGGCGAAAGACGGCGCCAAAAGUCGGCCGAAACCACCGGGAAGGUCGAAAAGGAAACACAUCAGCACUUCAGAAUCCGAAGACAAAGAAGAAAACGGUAACGCCAGCGAUGAAAGCGACUGCGGCAAACCUCCAGGCAGGAAAGGGAAACGGUUCAAGAAAGUUUCCGAAUCCGAGAGCGAUCCUGGAGGCACGGAGAAAGCGGCGAACGGUCCUUCGAAAAGGCUCCAAUCCGAGGACGAACUCUCUGGUCAGCGAGGAAAAAGGCAGUCCACGAAACGGAAGCACAGCAAAAGCUACAGCAACGCCGACAGCACAGACUCCGAGAGCCAGGAGGAGGAGUCCAGCAACGAGUCGCAGUUCUCCAGCGCAGGAUCACAAAGCAGUCCAAAAAGAUACGCCAAGGGAAGACUGAGGGAUCGGAAACGAAGGAGCGCACGUCACAAACCAUCCGCUUCCGACGCGGACAGUGACAAUUCCUACGGAAAGCCUCGACGAGCCACACGCAUUCGGACCCGGAAUCUCGGCAAACGGACUGUAAACUACAGAGACAGCGAGUGAGGGGUUAAGAAGUGGGGGGGGGGCUGUGUAAGAGACACUAACUGGAGAACUUGAAGACAUUUGAUUGUCCCAAAAGAAAAAGAAAAAAAAAAAAGUAGUAGCACUGGAGUCCUCUACAUACUGUGAAUCAACUUCAGGGAUAUUUAUAUUUUCUGUUGGGGGAGGUUGGGGGGGGGGAUCUAUGUAUAGAUAUGAAAUUUGAGCUACUGGUUUGGCUGCCCCUUCCUUUUCUGUUUGUGAUUUGGCCACCAAGAAUGAUUAGAGGUGCAUUGUCUGUCUGGGUGCUAUCUUUAAUAUACCUCCUGCUUAAUCGAGCAUAUUUUUGCUGGCUUGCACUAAAUGGCACACUGUACUGAGGUAUCUCAUACACUAGUUCUGUUAGAAACUCAGGGGUCAACUACAUUUACCGUUUUCAGACUUGUAGGGUUCUUCUAUUUUUUUUUUUUUUAACCCCCCCCCAAUUUAGUUUCAUUGUGACGGACCCUUCUCCCAUCAUUUGCUUGUUUUGUUUUUUUUUUAAAGCCACAUGAACCUUAUCUUGUUUUUUGUCAAAGGAAUGAUUGAGCCAAUAUGUACAAAAUUUCCUUUUCCCAUUUCAUUUAGGGUGUGUGUAUAUACAUUGUGGAUUUUUUUUUUUUUUUAAUCUGCAUCUUUCCGGAGUUUUCUGAGAAUCGGUUUGUAGCAAAGCUUUGCAUAUUUAAAAUUGUCAAGCAUUAUUUUGUAUUCAAUUCACAAAUGCAUCGUCUUGCCAUAUAGUAUAAAUUUGGUACAUGUUUGCAAAGUACGGGAAAUCAGUACUUGCUGCGAAAUACAGUGAUUUCUCAUAUUGGGAAGAUGUUUCGGUCACCUGUUAUAUACUUUUCAGUAUUAAUUCAUUUUCUGACUUAACUUAUGAACGGUAAAUACCUUUUGUACCCACUGCAUUUGAAAUGAAUGGUGUUGGAGAUGACGUACACCCGAACCUGACAUUAUUUCUUAAUGUCUCUUUUGCAAAAAGCCAACAACUCUUUAAUUCACGUUUUUGCAGAUGUCGAGUCUAAUGGAACAUGGAUAGAGUGAGAGGUUAAAGCAUUUGAUGAAUAAAAUAGCCUACUGUUUAAAUGGCAAAACU